AUUGUAUCCUGCUUUACCAUCUCUAUGCCUACUAGCUACCGGUAUUGGUACUCAGUAGCUACUAGCCAUACCGGUACAGCAGCUAGCUAGGUCUUUGUUUGUCGUGUGGAUCCUCUCCCUUCUAGCUAUCAGCUUCUGUGGACCUGAGAUAAUUCUUUGGCAACCCAAGGGAGUGUUGCCGACACCGAUCGAACCCACUGAUUCUUCAGCCUUGCUGUUUUUCACCAAAGAUCCAAAAGUCAAGUGACCGCAAUCUUUCUAACAAGGUUUUCUCAUUAUUUUUUAUUCACUACAGUACUCCCUCCUCCCUCCCACCACUCUCAGUAUUCCGUGAAACCAAAGCCAAGCCAAGUGAAGUCAAGUCAAGCCAAGCCAAGCUACUAAUAAUAACUAUAAGAUGAACAACAAGUGCUACUUUGUGUUGGCCAAGGACGAUGCUCCCGUCCGUGCCGGACAAGUGUUGAAGGGCCAGUUGGUGAUUCCCGUGUCCCAGACGACGAAUUUGCUACAAUGUGGUGGCCGUCCCUUGUCCGCUAGUACAUUGGAUAGUGGUCGCUUACAAGUCUAUUUGGAAGGCAAAGAAUUCACCAAGAUUCACGAGACGGGUCCGGCGCACAAUCCUCACACCAAGCAAUACGAUUGUCAAUUCCUGAACUUGCAGUUGAAGGGAUUACGAACAACCACCAAUUCGGAUGAUGUCCUCAAGAUUCCCAUCGAACUGCGCAUUCCUUCGGGAGUUCCUUCCAGUAUGGACGUGACACUCAAAGUCCCGAGCAACGGUCGCAUCAAAGAACAGGCCGUCAUUUGCUACACCCUAUCCGCCAUUCUCGAUGGAACUGUAGAAGCCCGGCAUACCGUCCAUGUCUUGGCGAAAACCCAACCCACUCGGAUUGUCCCGGCCAUUGUGCCUCCCAUUUCUCCCGAUAUUACCUCGUUUAGUGUCGCCAAUCAGGGAGAUAUGACCGUGGCGGCCAAAAUCAUGGAUACACUGGUCGUGCCGGGACAAAAAGUCAAAGUCCGCAUUGCCGUCGUCAAUGACAGUACGGCCGCACUCCAAAGUGUCGAUAUUGCCUUGAUUCAACGCACCGAUUAUUCCAAAUUUCCACUUCAGGAACAACGUCAUAUCGAAUCACUCAAUACCACACUCGCUACAACAACGUUUCUCUGUGAUGCUUCCAACAAUAACGAUACUUUGGCCGAUCGCGACAUUCUGAAACAAUCCUUCAAUUCCAAACAACGACGACAAGAAGACAAUCAUCAACGCGUCUUGCACGAAUUGCUCUGCAAAAAAGUAGACAAGGAACACGAGGAAGGUGUCACCGUCUUGAAUUGCACCAUUGAAAUUCCUCCAGCGACCGGUGUGGCCGAUACCCGGUGUGGUACAUUGAUCCAAGUCACACAUCAUGUCUCGAUUCAACUCAAUACCAAAGUCUUCUUUACCAACCCCGGAUUCAAAUUCCCCAUUAAAAUUGUUCAAGGAGCCAUUCCGACCAGUUACCAAGAAGAAAAGUUGGCCGAGGAAAUUCCCAACUGUCCACCACUCCUGGACGACAAUCAACAAAGUGAAAAAGCCAUGUUGGAAGAUUUGAUUACAAAAGUCAUGAGUCAAUCCACCGAUGAUUUACACAUUAUCGAAGAACGCUUACCCCAACCCAAAUGGAACCGCAUCUUUGCCGCACUGACACCGUACGAUUUUGGUCGAUUGUUGGAACAAGUCCAUUUGGAAGUCAAUUUGAUUCCCGUCGCUACCUUGUUGGCAUCGCGUUUGACUCAAGAAUUAUUCUCGUGUAGUCAUAUUGUCGCUGGAUUGCCGCACACGACAACCGCCACGAGGUGUACGUUUGUGGAACAAUUGCUGCCGUAUUGUCACGAUUUGCAAGACAACUAUACGCUCAUUACCAAAAACACAUUGCUAUUAUCGCAAUGGGAACGAUUGGCCAUUGAACCAGCGGUACAAGAAGCACUGGAGCACGCCAAAAAAUCCAAAGCUCCAUUGCAUCACUUGUUGGGGAAAAUGCGACAGUUAGUGACUGCCGAUUGAUCGAGUGAAUGAAUGAGUGAGUAAAACAGUUUGCUUGCUUGAUCAAUCAUAAU